GAGAUUUAUGUGCAUCUCUGUUGCUUCUUCUCUUCUCCUUGAACCAUGACGACUUGCAACCUGGGCAAUCAGAGCACAACCGAUAUACAAGAGAAACAGGCUAUCUCCCCGCCGCAAGCGCAAGCGCAGGUACAAGCACACUCUGAACCCACACCCUCCCAACCAGCAUGCAAUUCUCAACCCGACAAUUCUGGACAUCUCCAAGAUCCUCACAUACUCCUCAACUUGACCCAUGUCCAAGAACUGCCUGCCGAUCCUAUAAACUACGAGGGAUAUCAAUUCUUCAAGGCAGACCCAAUUCCAGGGCAGAAGCCGACAUGGACCCGAGUAGAGCGCACGCGCAUGCAUCUCAGUCAAAGCGACUUCUACAAUAUGGUCCAGAAAAGAGCCAAUAAAAUUUCGGCAGCCCAUCAAUAUCAGAAACUAUCUGCUACUCGCCGUGCCCAUGUCAACCAGUUAAUUCACGAGCAAAAGAAACUGGAUCCCUCGGUGGAAUGGAGCUGCGUCUAUGCAAAGGAGCGUGACAGGGCUUCCAAGGCUCGCAAUGCCCACCCUGCCGAUUACGAGACUGUCUCUAUGGAAAUCAUUUUGAUGAAGAGACCUUUGAAUAAUAGAGCUUAUCCGAGAACUCCCAUGGGAGAUCUGGUUGACCUCGCUCAGCGUCAGAAUGACAACGGUGUGCAACCUAUUAAGCCUAUGCGACCUGAAAUGGCCACUGCACCAAUUCACCCAACGGUGGCAACUGCAAUGCGGAUCUCCAAGGAUUUGACUCUGAAGUCGGAUCCUGCCACGAUGUCUGCUGGUAUCGUACAGGGGCCACAGCCUCGUCCGAUAUCAGUGACAAAUCCUUUCACUCGCCUUGAGUUGGGUCAUCCUACUCCUGUCCCAAGUGAGCAGCAGCAGUAUAGACCAAUUAACGGACAAACAACGACUGAUGAUAACCGGGACCUCAACAACGACGACCUUGGCGGUGCACAAUUUUCAGCAGAGUCGAGUGACUCUGAGGAUGCCAGUUCCAUAGUUGAGGAUUCAUCUGAGUCAAAUGACAGCUCAUCUACCGAAGAAGCCGAUCCAGACGACAUGGAACGCGACGACUGUGAGGAGACACAGCAUCAUUCUGUGACCCCUCGGAACAGGUCCGGCAGCCCUAACAAGCGUAGCCCAAUCAGCCAUGGAUCUCAAUACAGACAGAAGUCGCGAGGAAGACACUUUGGCCGACGGGACAAGCCUCGAUAUCACUAUACGGAUAUCCUUCCCUCCAAGAAUGUCUUUCACAAUGUCAUGCCCAUCCGGCGGGCUAGAGGUGCCAGUAAAGUUGCUCAGACUACACCCUCCGAUAUCAACAUGUGGUAUCGUAUCCAGCGCAUAGACGAUGAGGAGCUUCGACGUCGACUAUUGGAGUGUGAAGCUAAGGUUGAGCGCUGGGAACGAGCUUUUGAAUACCAAAGCAGACUUUUACAACAGACAAUUCAACAUUCACAGCGGCAGCAGUUAGAGAGAUGCCCAUUCUUCUGGAACCCUCCCAUGCAGCAAUAUGGCUAUGAUUAUCCUGAUGAUGGCCGUAUGGACAAUUCUCAUUGA